UCCACGACGAAAUGUCAGCAGCGGCGCAGUUGCGGUCAAAGAAUUUUUAGCUGCUGUCAGAUUUUCCAAUUGACAAGCGCGGUGCCAAUUUCUGUCCAAGUUUUUGUGUAUUCUCUCUGGAAGAAAAUUGUGUUUUUUAUAAAAUUUUCUUAAACGAAUUCGCGAAAAACUUUUAUAUUUGCAGCUUACAAUGGCGCUAUUGUAAAAAUGUACGAAAUUUCUGCGGUAUAUUAAAUCUGGCUAUUACGACCGGAAAAAGGUACGGCAGCAAGCCGUAGACAGACAGGCAACCAUCUUUGGUGACAGAUUGAAAAUCGAUUUUUUCAUGUAAAGUUUAUAGAAAUUUUUUUCGGUGGUAUUCUACUCGUCGGCGAGAAAAGCGCACAGCGAAGAAAAAAAAAAUAUUGUUGGCACCCGGCUUAUAAUUAAGAAAUAGCGUUAAGUAAAAAGUUCACAAAAAUAAUUCAAGAAAAAAGAAAAUCAAUCAAUUCAGCCAUCAAAAAACAUAAAACGCGUUCAUUACCACGUCCAAGAGCAUCUACAUUUUUUGGCUAAAUCACAAAUUCAUAGCUGCGCUUUCAGCAUUUGCGGCUAAAUCAAUAACCCAUCAUUUAAACACCCCAGCCAAACAUAACAACAAAUCAAGUCAGUCAGACGUUGCAGUUGCAAUUUUUUUGCGAAAAACAGAAAAUUUGUAUCAAAGCAUCUCCCAAACGAAUUUGAGGCACACCAAUCAACCAAUUAUUAAUUAGCAACGAAAAAUGAACGUGUGAAUUGAAAAUAUCAACUUUAAAACACCAAAAUCAUUAACGAAGCAAAACCAAACCAAAAGCAAUGAGUUCCCGGCAUUACACCAUCGAAGUGGGGGAUACGAAUUUUACAAUUCUCAAUCGGUAUACAAAUUUGAAACCGAUCGGCUCGGGCGCUCAGGGCAUAGUAUGUGCUGCCUACGAUACCGUAACCGAGCAAAAUGUUGCCAUUAAAAAGCUAUCACGACCAUUCCAAAAUGUAACACAUGCUAAGCGGGCUUAUAGAGAGUUUAAGUUAAUGAAAUUAGUAAACCAUAAGAAUAUUAUUGGAUUACUCAAUGCAUUUACACCUCAACGUAGCUUGGAAGAGUUUCAAGAUGUUUACCUUGUUAUGGAGUUGAUGGAUGCAAAUCUAUGUCAAGUCAUACAAAUGGAUUUGGAUCAUGAUCGUAUGUCGUAUUUGCUAUAUCAGAUGUUGUGCGGCAUAAAGCACUUACACCUAGCCGGCAUAAUACAUAGGGAUUUAAAGCCAUCAAAUAUUGUGGUUAAAGCGGAUUGCACACUUAAGAUAUUAGAUUUCGGUUUGGCACGUACAGCUGGUACGACGUUCAUGAUGACACCAUAUGUAGUCACACGUUAUUAUCGUGCACCCGAAGUUAUUUUGGGCAUGGGCUAUACAGAGAAUGUUGACAUUUGGUCUGUGGGCUGCAUUAUGGGUGAAAUGAUAAGGGGUGGUGUUCUAUUCCCCGGCACUGAUCAUAUUGAUCAAUGGAAUAAGAUUAUUGAGCAAUUGGGUACUCCGUCUACAUCAUUUAUGCAACGUUUGCAACCAACUGUCCGUAAUUAUGUUGAAAAUCGGCCACGUUAUUCCGGUUAUUCAUUCGAUCGACUUUUCCCAGAUGUACUCUUUCCAAAUGAUAAUAAUGAGCAAAGUCGACGGAAGGCAUCCGAAGCACGUGAUUUACUUAGUCGUAUGUUGGUGAUUGACCCCGAACAACGUAUUUCGGUGGAACAAGCACUAUUACAUAGUUAUAUUAAUGUUUGGUAUGAUGCUGAAGAGGUAAAUGCACCAGCACCGGAACCAUAUGACCAUAGCGUCGACGAGAGGGAGCAUACCGUCGAACAAUGGAAGCGACUUAUAUACGAAGAAGUUAUGGAUUAUGAGGCACACAACACCAAUGCGCCAGUUAAUACUACGCGGUAGACCCUGAAUUAAUUUAGGCAUGGCAUACUAAUGCUUCUGAGCAACUCUUAAUGUAUAUAAAAUAUAAGAACAAUAAAAGCAUUAAUACUUUCAAAAUGAGAUAAAGUAAAAUAAAAUAAACAAAAAAAUACAAAUUAUUAGAGAUCAGCUUGUUUCGCCUCUCAAACCAAAAAAAAACAAAAACAAAAAAAAAACAAUUAAAAUAAAUAAAAGGGAUCAAAUGAAUGUUUUUAUUUGCAGCAGUGCAUGAAAAGUGGAAGGUUCGGUCUGGAUCUUUUGUUUAGCAUAAGCGAAAAGAGAUUUUGAAUACAAUAUUUGAAGUAUGCGAAAAUGUAUGUAAUGGAAGAGUACAAUAUUACAAAAGCAGUGUAUGCUAUAUAACAAAAACAAAAAAAAAAAAACAAAAAAAAAAUUAAUACCGAACCCUAAAUUAUUUGGCGAAAAUAGUAGAAAGUGUAAUUCAUUUAGUGAAGAAUAAAAAUAUUCCCGCUAUCUUAAAAUAUGCUUUAUUUACACGAUUUAUUUGAUGAAAAUUUGGGAUUAUAAGCAUUUCAGCACAAAAAGUGAUAAAAAACGGCUUCGUCCACUAACAGGCAGGUCUAUACUUCCAACGACCAUCGGUUUUACGUUAUCGGAACGACCUGGAUUUAUUACCAGAAGACGCAGGCUUAUUACCAGAAGCCUACUACAAGGAAACGUAAGAGUCAAACUCCAUCUGGUACCAGUAAGG